AUGAUGCAGCUGCACUUGGUUUCUACUUAUCCAAGUCUACCUAUCGCUCUGGUUCUCAGCGCUGUAUUCCCCCUCCUCAUCGCCGUCGUUUUUGGGCACUGGAAGAUUCCCCCUUCAUUCCCCAAGGGGAUACCCGCGUUGGAGGAAGAAAGAUUUUCUGGAUAUAAGAAGUUCAAUCAGUAUGAUCAGCUCUUUAUUUAUUGCAAUGCCAACCUCCGUCCUCAAGCCAUCUUGCCAGCAAAGGAUUUGGAAUGGCUGGUCCGGCAACCUGACAGUAUCCUAUCUUUCCAGGAAGCCCUGGAGGAAAGCAUAGGCUUUAAGCAUGUCUUUGGUACGACUUUUACUCCAGCGGACCGGAAGAUUGCCAGCCUGGUAAUCAGCCAGUUCCACACUCAGAAUAUAGGCCAGAUCCAGUCUGCUCUUGCGGACGAGGUCCGUCAAAAUAUUGAUAAGGAAUUUGGCAAGGAUUGCUACAACUGGAAGCCUGUCUGCCUCAUGGAAGUGAUGCAGAAAGUCGUACUCCGUGUGGCCAGCCGGGUCUCAUGGGGCUCACCGCUGUGUCAUGAUGACGCCCUCAUGCGGUCUUUUGCCACGUUAUUCAACUUCCAUGGGGGCGCCAUGAUAUUAUGCGGUCAAUUAAUCCCUUGGUUCUUACAGCCGCUGCUUGGCGCCUGCUUAAGCGUCCCCUUGCACUUUCUUCGAAAGAGAGUCUUAGCUACCACAACGCCACUCGUCAAGGAGUGGCUGGCCCAGAUUAGACAGGAGGAAAGAGAGCAGGUCCCUGAAAAGGAUUCCAGGGUCCCCUAUAACGCAGUAACCUCGUUCAUUCGAGUAGCUCGCAGAGUUUAUGGGUGUGAAAAUGUCGAUGAGGAACGGCUCCACCUGAUGAUCCUGAUCUUUUGGACCCUGUUCCCAUACAUGACCACUGUUCCUAGUUCCUCCGCUGCAAUCUUAGAUAUUGCCAGCACUCCGCCAGAAAUAGGACUAUAUCAGCAACUUCGACAAGAGGCCAAAAAAGUUCUCACUUCAGAGAAGGAAUGGGUGGAGCCAUCAUCUUUCAACAAGCUCCAUUACACAGAUAGUGCUAUCCGGGAGACAUUACGCCUGUCGCCAGUGGUAUUGCAUGGAUCUAACCGGGAGAUCAUCCAUCCAUCUGGUAUCACCAUGCCCUCGGGCCAACACCUGCCACGGGGAAUGUGGGUUGCCGGGUCCACGCUGGAUAUCCACAUGGACGAGAGAUUCUAUGCUGAAGGACAGCAAUACAAGCCAUUCCGAUUCGUCAAAGGGCAGACAAGUGAAGAUGGCACUGUCAUGUCCAAGCAGGAGAUUAAUCGGGUAGCAACUGCCUCGACGUUUAUGACAUUUGGUACAGGGCGUCAUGCGUGCCCGGGCCGGCAUUUUGGUGUCCAUCUGGUCAAGAUGAUAAUCGUCUAUGUCAUUUUAAACUAUGAUAUUGAACCACUCGAAAAAAGACCUGAAAACUUCGUUAUGGGUGAGCAUGUAAUUGUACCACCGACUGCUACUGUCCGAGUCCGACGGACAGAGGUCCAGUGA